GUCAGGAGCUGUCCGCGCCCCCGGUGCUGAACCAAGAUGGCAGGCGGCGGAGGCCGGGCCCCGGCGUGAGCUGAGCGCGGGCUGCAGCCCCCGCCAUGCCCCAACCCAGCGGCAGCUAAGGCCGACCUGACAGAGCCGGCCCGCCGGCGACUCUGGAGACAUGUCUCUACUAUGCGUUGGAGUCAAAAAAGCCAAGUUUGAUGGUGCCCAAGAGAAAUUCAAUACAUAUGUGACCCUGAAGGUGCAGAAUGUCAAGAGCACGACCAUUGCCGUACGGGGCAGCCAGCCCAGCUGGGAGCAGGAUUUCAUGUUCGAAAUUAACCGCCUGGAUUUGGGGCUGACGGUGGAGGUAUGGAACAAGGGUCUCAUCUGGGACACGAUGGUGGGCACUGUGUGGAUCCCUCUGCGGACCAUCCGCCAGUCCAACGAAGAGGGCCCCGGAGAGUGGCUGACCCUGGACUCUCAGGUCAUCAUGGCGGACAGUGAGAUCUGCGGCACUAAGGACCCCACCUUCCACCGCAUCCUCCUUGACACUCGCUUUGAACUGCCCUUAGACAUCCCUGAGGAGGAGGCACGUUACUGGGCCAAGAAGCUGGAGCAGCUGAAUGCCAUGCGGGACCAGGAUGAGUAUUCAUUCCAGGAUGAACAAGACAAGCCUCUUCCUGUCCCCAGCAGCCAGUGUUGCAACUGGAAUUAUUUUGGCUGGGGUGAGCAGCAGAAUGAUGACCCUGACAGUGCAGUAGAUGAUCGUGACAGUGACUACCGCAGCGAGACAAGCAACAGCAUCCCGCCACCCUAUUACACUACGUCCCAGCCCAAUGCCUCGGUCCACCAAUAUUCUGUCCGACCACCACCCCUGGGUUCCCGGGAAUCCUACAGUGACUCCAUGCACAGUUAUGAGGAGUUCUCUGAGCCGCGGGCCCUCAGCCCCACAGGCAGCAGCCGUUACGCCUCCUCAGGGGAGCUGAGUCAGGGCAGUUCGCAGCUGAGCGAGGACUUUGACCCGGAUGAACAGAGCCUACGGGGCUCUGAGCUGGAAGACGAGCGGGACCGGGACUCCUACCACUCCUGCCACAGCUCGGUCAGCUACCACAAGGAUUCGCCACGCUGGGACCAGGAUGAAGAUGAGCUGGAUGAGGAGCUGGACGAAGAGCUGGAUGAAGACCUGGAGGACUUCUUGGAGGAGGAGGAGCUGCCUGAGGACGAGGAAGAGCUAGAGGACGAGGAGGAGGUGCCGGAUGACAUCCAAGGCUACACUGAGCGCGAGGAGGUGGCCGUGGCCGAGCCCAAGGACUUCAAGCGUGUCAGCCUUCCACCUGCCACCCCCAAGAAGGAGGACAAGGCCCCAGCCGUGCCCACCGAGGUCCCCGACAUAGCCAAGGUGGCCCCUGAGCCAGCCGCCCCUGAGGAGGCACCUGCAGCUGAGCAGGAGCCUCAGCCUGAGCCCCCCAGGGCUGAGGAGAGGCCACGAGAAGAUGAGGAAGGCCAACAGGGUCAGGACUCCAUGUCUAGGGCCAAGGCCAACUGGCUGCGAGCCUUCAACAAAGUGCGGCUGCAGCUGCAGGAGGCCCGGGGAGAAGGAGAGAUGUCCAAAUCCCUGUGGUUCAAAGGCGGCCCUGGCGGUGGUCUCAUCAUCAUCGACAGCAUGCCAGACAUCCGCAAGAGGAAGCCUAUCCCACUCGUGAGCGACCUGGCCAUGUCUCUGGUGCAGUCCAGAAAAGCAGGCAUCACCUCGGCCUUGGCAUCCAGCACUUUGAACAACGAAGAGCUGAAAAACCACGUUUACAAGAAGACCUUGCAAGCCUUAAUCUACCCCAUCUCGUGCACGACGCCGCACAACUUCGAGGUGUGGACGGCCACCACACCCACCUAUUGCUACGAGUGUGAGGGGCUAUUGUGGGGCAUCGCGCGGCAGGGUAUGCGCUGUACCGAGUGCGGUGUCAAGUGCCACGAGAAGUGCCAGGACCUGCUCAACGCAGACUGUCUGCAGCGGGCGGCGGAGAAGAGCUCCAAGCACGGGGCGGAGGACCGGACGCAGAACAUCAUCAUGGUGCUCAAGGACCGCAUGAAGAUCCGGGAGCGCAACAAGCCCGAGAUCUUCGAGCUCAUCCAGGAGAUCUUCGCGGUGACCAAGACCGCGCACACGCAGCAGAUGAAGGCCGUCAAGCAGAGCGUGCUGGAUGGAACGUCCAAGUGGUCGGCCAAGAUCAGCAUCACCGUGGUCUGUGCCCAGGGCUUGCAGGCAAAGGACAAGACAGGAUCCAGUGACCCCUACGUCACCGUCCAGGUCGGGAAGACCAAGAAACGGACAAAAACCAUCUAUGGAAACCUGAACCCCGUGUGGGAGGAGAACUUCCACUUUGAAUGUCACAACUCCUCGGACCGAAUCAAGGUGCGUGUCUGGGAUGAGGACGAUGACAUCAAAUCUCGCGUGAAGCAGCGGUUCAAGAGGGAAUCCGAUGACUUCCUGGGGCAGACGAUCAUCGAGGUGCGGACACUCAGUGGCGAGAUGGACGUGUGGUACAACCUGGACAAGCGGACUGACAAAUCUGCUGUGUCGGGUGCCAUCCGGCUACACAUCAGUGUGGAGAUCAAAGGCGAGGAGAAGGUGGCCCCCUACCACGUCCAGUAUACCUGUUUGCAUGAGAACCUGUUCCACUUCGUGACAGACGUACAGAACAACGGGGUCGUGAAGAUCCCAGAUGCCAAGGGUGACGACGCCUGGAAGGUUUACUACGAUGAGACAGCCCAGGAGAUUGUGGACGAGUUUGCCAUGCGCUAUGGCGUCGAGUCCAUCUACCAAGCCAUGACCCACUUUGCCUGCCUCUCCUCCAAGUACAUGUGUCCUGGGGUGCCUGCCGUCAUGAGCACCCUGCUUGCCAACAUCAACGCCUAUUACGCGCACACCACCGCCUCCACCAACGUGUCUGCCUCUGACCGCUUCGCAGCCUCCAACUUUGGGAAAGAACGCUUUGUGAAGCUCCUGGACCAGCUGCAUAACUCCUUGCGGAUUGACCUCUCCAUGUAUCGGAAUAACUUCCCAGCCAGCAGCCCGGAGAGACUCCAGGACCUCAAAUCCACAGUGGAUCUUCUCACCAGCAUCACCUUCUUUCGGAUGAAGGUGCAAGAACUGCAGAGCCCACCCCGAGCCAGCCAGGUGGUGAAGGACUGUGUGAAAGCCUGCCUCAACUCCACUUAUGAAUACAUCUUCAACAAUUGUCAUGAACUCUACAGUCGAGAGUACCAGACUGACCCGGCCAAGAAGGGGGAAGUUCCCCCAGAGGAGCAGGGCCCCAGCAUCAAGAACCUCGACUUCUGGUCCAAGUUGAUCACUCUCAUAGUGUCCAUCAUUGAGGAAGACAAGAAUUCCUACACUCCCUGCCUCAACCAGUUUCCCCAGGAAUUGAACGUGGGUAAAAUCAGCGCUGAAGUGAUGUGGAAUCUGUUUGCCCAGGAUAUGAAGUAUGCAAUGGAGGAGCACGAUAAGCAUCGCCUAUGCAAGAGUGCUGAUUACAUGAACCUCCACUUCAAGGUCAAAUGGCUCUACAAUGAGUAUGUGACAGAGCUUCCUGCCUUUAAGGACCGAGUACCUGAGUAUCCUGCGUGGUUUGAGCCCUUCGUCAUCCAGUGGCUGGACGAGAAUGAGGAAGUGUCCCGGGAUUUCUUGCACGGAGCCCUGGAGCGAGACAAGAAGGACGGGUUCCAACAGACUUCAGAGCAUGCCCUGUUCUCUUGCUCCGUGGUGGAUGUCUUCUCCCAGCUCAAUCAGAGCUUUGAGAUCAUCAAGAAACUUGAGUGUCCUGACCCCCAGAUCGUGGGUCACUACAUGAGGCGCUUUGCCAAGACCAUCAGUAAUGUGCUCCUCCAGUAUGCGGACAUCAUCUCCAAGGACUUCGCCUCCUACUGCUCCAAGGAGAAGGAGAAAGUGCCCUGCAUCCUCAUGAACAACACUCAGCAGCUGCGAGUUCAGCUAGAGAAGAUGUUCGAAGCCAUGGGAGGAAAGGAGCUGGAUGCUGAGGCCAGUGACAUCUUGAAGGAGCUACAGGUGAAACUCAACAACGUCUUAGAUGAGCUCAGCCGGGUGUUUGCUACCAGCUUCCAGCCACACAUUGAAGAUUGUGUCAAGCAAAUGGGUGACAUCCUUAGCCAGGUGAAAGGCACAGGCAAUGUGCCAGCCAGUGCCUGCAGCAGUGUGGCCCAGGAUGCCGACAACGUACUGCAACCCAUCAUGGACCUGCUGGACAGCAACCUGACUCUCUUUGCCAAAAUCUGUGAGAAGACGGUGCUGAAGCGGGUGCUGAAGGAGUUAUGGAAGCUGGUCAUGAACACCAUGGAGAAGACCAUCGUCCUGCCACCCCUCACUGACCAGACGGGCAACCUCUUGAGAAAACAUGGCAAGGGAUUAGAAAAGGGCAGGGCGAAAGUGCCAAGCCACUCAGAUGGAACCCAGAUGAUCUUCAAUGCAGCCAAGGAGCUGGGUCAGCUGUCUAAACUCAAGGACCACAUGGUACGAGAAGAAGCCAAGAGCUUGACCCCGAAGCAGUGUGCAGUUGUUGAGCUGGCCCUGGACACUAUCAAGCAAUACUUCCAUGCGGGUGGCGUGGGCCUCAAGAAAACCUUCCUGGAGAAGAGUCCAGACCUGCAGUCCCUGCGCUACGCCCUGUCCCUCUACACGCAGGCCACCGACCUGCUCAUCAAGACAUUCGUGCAGACGCAGUCGGCCCAGGUCCAUGGUGGAAAAGGGACUAGGUUUACCCUUAGUGAAGACAUUUAUCCUGAGAAGGGCUCGGGUGUGGAAGACCCUGUGGGUGAAGUCUCCGUCCAUGUAGAGCUCUUCACUCAUCCAGGAACUGGGGAACACAAGGUCACAGUGAAAGUGGUGGCUGCCAAUGACCUCAAGUGGCAGACUUCUGGCAUUUUCCGGCCAUUCAUCGAGGUCAACAUCAUCGGGCCCCAGCUCAGUGACAAGAAACGCAAGUUUGCGACCAAAUCUAAGAACAACAGCUGGGCCCCAAAGUACAAUGAGAGCUUCCAGUUCACGCUGAGCGCCGAAGCGGGCCCGGAGUGCUAUGAGCUGCAGGUGUGCGUCAAGGACUACUGCUUCGCGCGCGAGGACCGCACAGUGGGGCUGGCCGUGCUGCAGCUGCGCGAGCUGGUCCAGCGCGGGAGCGCCGCCUGCUGGCUGCCGCUUGGCCGCCGCAUCCACAUGGACGACACGGGCCUCACGGUGCUGCGCAUCCUGUCGCAACGCAGCAACGAUGAGGUGGCCAAGGAGUUCGUCAAGCUUAAGUCGGACACGCGCUCCGCCGAGGAGGGCGGGGCCGCGCCUGCUCCAUAGCGUGGGGCACGCAGGCGGGCACCACUGCGCCUGCGCAGAGCGCACGGGGUGGGGCGGCGCCCGCGAGCUGGGACCUCCCAGGGGGCGAGUGUCCGCGCUCUGUGCUGAGGUUGGGCUGCACCUGCGCCCUGGAUUUAGUUCCCCCUCUGGGGAAAGGUGAAUGGCAACGCCCCGCCCCCUCAGGAGGCCACGCAGUGGGGCGCGAGGAAGGAAGAAGGCACAUCCCCCUACUUGAGGCCACUCCCCCAUCGUCUAGGGGGACUUUCGAGCUGGGAUGGGAGGAAAACCCACCCCCUAGUAAGGAGGCCAGGUCCCAGGGCUGUGGUACCGGGAGGCUCUGUCUCCUGCCCCCUGGGGAAGCCAUAAGAUGGGUCCCCAACCCCUGGGGCCCAAGAUCAGUUUGCCAAGUAUGGAACUCUCAGCUCCCUCGAGGGGCGGGCUCUGGGCAAGGGGCAGGGCUUCCUGGAGCGCCUCCUAGGGUGGUCUGGGGCCUGGAGGGACUAGGGUGGUGAUUGGAGGGCCCCCCGGGUGUACCAGAGUCCCUUUUGAUGUUUGUGCAAAAAAUAAACAGGGAAGGGGGGAGGAUGGAAUUUCAAAAGCACAUGCGCCCUUGGGCGCCCAAACCCUGGGGACCAAGGGGUCGGCUUUGGGGCUCCCGCGCCGUCCCCACUUCCCUAUGGGGGUUUGCCUCCCUUUUCCCCCCCACAUACCCAAUCCUCAUAUCGUAGAGUUCAACCCACCCAUUUGACGACGAAACUGAGGCCCGGAGAGCUGCCUGAGACAAUGCCGAGGGUCCCAGUGCCACACCCUCUCCCCAUUCCCUUUGGCCUGUGUGCCCCAUUGAAGGGUGGGCUGAGAUCGGAUGACCCGAUACAGCUCCCCAUUGCUGCUAAUCCCCCUUAGGGGACCUCCCCCAACCCUUAAAGGGAUGGGGGUCCUGGGCCAAGACCCCCAGUGCCCCCUCCCAUCUCUGGUUGCCAAGCAAAACCCCUGCCCUCAGCACUUUCCAGUGGGACCCCACGGGGAGAUACCCUGAGAACUCUUGACCUCCCGCCAAAAAAGCGUGAAGGUUUGGGAUUCCCUGGACCCAGUCCCCUAAGCCAACCCCUUCUUCCUUCCCCAGAAUGCUCCAGUCAGGAAAGAACAGAAAGAGACCAGAAACUCGAGGGUGUGUGUGUGUGUGUGUGUGUGUGUGCGUGCGUGUGUGUGUGUGUGUGUGUGUGUGUUUGUGUGUGUUGGGAGCUUCCUCCCCAUAAUCCCAUUCAUUCAUUUAAACACACAGGUCACAGGAUACCCCGGGGGGGGGGGGCUCUAGCUGCCUGAAACUCUUCCUCCUGCAGGGAUGUUGGGGCAGUUUGGCCAGAGUCUAAUUUCCCCAUUUUAGCGCAUGCAGGCAUUUUGGGAAACAUUUUGGGAAAGGUUGGCAAGGCUUGUCUUUGCCCAGAAUCUGCUUUUCCACGUUGGACCAGUGUGUAUGUCAUGGGAUUUUUUUCUGCCAGGUUGAUAAAUACAGGAUUGUGCUGUGCUAGGGAAAAAUUAAAACAGAGGGAUGAGAUGAGGAUUAGCUGCGCUCUCGGAGUGGUGGAGCCUACGUCAGAUGGGGAAGGUGAGGGAGGGCUUUCUCUGGAGGUGAAAAGUGAGAAGGAACCACCCAUUGGAGAGAAAAGAGCUCCAGGCAGCAGGAACAGCAGGUGCAAAGGCUAGGAGGUAGGCUGACUUGAAGCACAGCCAGGUCAGCGUGGCUAGAGCUGAGCCAGCGAGUGGGGUACUGGGGGAUGGUGAUGAGGUUGGGGACACCUGCAGAGGUAUCAAACCAGGUCUUGUACGCUGCCCUGGGGAGUUUUGAUUUUACCCUCAGACGCUUGGGGGCCCCAGGAGAUUUUAAAGCUGAGGAGGGUCUGAUUUCAGGUUUUGAAAUCUUCCUCUGGCUACGUCAUGAAGAAUGGACUGAUGGUGGGGGCGAGAGGACAAAAUGCUUUCAGGACACUGACAUUAAUUCUUGGAAAGACUUUGGAGUAUAUAUUUAAAACUCUGCCUAGAUGAGCCCCAGGGUCCCUGGGUACAGAUGUCCCAGUUGUGCACUGCCGAGGGGUUGAGCAUCUCUAAGGAGGCCGUGUGCAAAUUGAGUGUUGUAUGAUAAUGGUUUCCCCAUCCGUGAACAAGAGUCUGGAAGAAGCGACACUGUUUUCUCAUCUACCCGGAAGCAUUUGUGUGUUCCUCUAAAUUCAGGCAGGUUGAAGUGACCGAAGGUUCUGAACCAGAGAUUAGGACGAAAGUUCUCCUUCAGGAUGGUGGGGAAGGUGGGCCCCAGCCAGGGGCAAGGGACAGGCUGAGAGGUGGCUUGGGGAGAACGUGGAGUCUCCACCACAAGGACUGAGAGGCAGAUUUGAACUUCAGACCAUCCAAGAGGUGGAGGUGCGCUGGGCGGUUCACUUGGAGUUGAAAACGCCAGCAACACCCAAAGGGGAGGUAAUCUGUGAUCUGGGGUGGGUUCUGAAAGAUUUUUUUGAUGACUGGCAGGAAAAGGGGGAGCUGAGCUUCUGCCGGAGAGAGCCAGGGUAUUUCCCAAAAGAUUCAUCGGGAGGCUCUCUGGUCAAAGCGCUCGCGUGCGUGCGUGCGUGUGUGUGUGUGUGUGUGUGUGUGUGUGUGUAGGAUUCCCCAGCACUGGCCCAGGCACAUGAAGGAAGCCUCAGGGAGUAUUUGUCAAAUGACACUCUGACUCCCAGGCUAGAACUGUUUUGGAAAUUUCCUCCCUCUUCUUUCUCCCAGAGAACUCCUACUCAUUCCUCAAAACUCAUCACAAAUUUUCCCUUCUGUAGAAAACACUCUCUGAUCCCCCUUAGGACUUCCCCAGCCUCUGUCCCUCCUCCUCUGUCUGUCCCUUCCCCAGCCUCUGUCUCUGAUGCCAUGGGGCUAGGGGUGUCUGUGAAAGGCUCUCUGGGCACAGGGGGAUGGCAGGGAGGGGAUGCCUAGUUGAACUAUGUCUCGGGCAGGGGGUUCUGUGUGUGCCCAUGCAUCCACAUGUGUGUCUGUCCGUACCAGCCUCCCCCUCCCACACAGAUCUGGGCACUCAGGAGAUCUUCCAGUCAGAGAUGGGGAGAUACAGAGACAGAGAAAGGAGAAAAAGCAAAAACAGGUUUCUAGAAGGAAGAGGGUCCCCUGCUCUCUCUGGCUCUCACCAGUCUGUCCUCGAAGGAUUUACCUAAAAUGAGGAGGCACCCAGUCGCAUCCCUCAGUCCUGAUUCUCAGGCACCACAGCCUGAAACCUCACCAUGCCUCCAUCACAGAUGAAAAAAAAAAAAAUUAGCCAACUAGAAAUCCUUGGGACCUCUCUCAGCUGGGACCUCAGAGACCUUUCUGUCCCCCCCAGCGCUGUCCAUCUUACAGGUGGGAACACUGAGGCACGAGGCAGAGUGGAGACAGCCUGGAGUUGCCCCAACUCUGCUGUGCAGGCAGAGAAUGGGGGAGCUCACUGGGGGGCUGGUCCACAUCAUGACCCCUGCUGUCCCCUGAACAUCCUUUCCUAAGAAUUGUCAAGGACCAAAGUCGUUUUCAUGGACACGUGUUGCUCUUCUCUUUGCCUUUUAUUUUUUUUUAAGAGACAAAUCAAGUUGAUGGUGUUAGGUAAGACCCCCUCCAUCUUCCCCCUGCCCCCCGCCCAGCCACAGUGGCACAGGCACAGGUCACAGGCAGAGGGUCCCUAUGCAUCCCCGGCCACACGGCCAGGGGGAUUCAGACCCCAACCCUGGCCCCGGCCCCCUAAGACCCCCCACCCAAACCCGGCCACGCAGUCCAGGGAGGUUCUUCCUCCACACAACUUCUCUUAGCAUGUGAUUGCAAAUGUGAACUCAAGACGCUGUUUGUCUGUUUUAAUUCCAUCCCGUUGGUCUGGCAUCUGCACAGAUGCCCCCAUUUCUCUGUAAAUAUGUGACUUGAAACAAAUGUUUAAAAUCAACGAGAAGUGGUCAUGAAUGCAUGGUGUUGAGAUGUUUUGCACUAUUCUGAAUUUUUGGUCUCUGUAAAAAUAUUUUAUUAACAGCAGACAUUAAAAAAAAAAGAAAAAGCACACAGCCUCAGAUGUAUGGUGGCCUCCUUCCCUCCCCUAUUGGCAAAAAAAUCACGUAGCAUCUACCAUGAGCGGCUACUGCUGAGUACACUUCCUGCCCACGAACGCAACUCAUUACAACUACCAUGGUCCCAUUUUACAGAGAAGGAAAACAGGCCCCAGGGGCAGAGCCAGGAUCUGAACCCAGGAUGCUGGGCAGCUGUUGCUCUUAGCUCAAGCAAGUUAGGACAUAAAUGCCAGGGACACACUCAAAUUCCACCUACACCCCCAUGUUUGGAGGUUUUUUGUUUUGUUUUUUGCUGUAGCAGGUGAGAAUCUCAUUUCAUAAACUUGGAUGUGCAAUGAA